ACCAAAAUAUAAAGAAAAGUGGGAGAUACACAGCAUUCGAAAAACAAAACAAUGGCCAGAUCCGCCAUUGCCUUUCCCGCGCUCCUACUCGCGUUCUUCGUCCUGCUCGAGCUGGGACUCGCCAAACAGGCCCGCGAACCGGCGCCGGGCUACGACAGCUCCAUCGAGCCGUGUCUCAAGAACAUGACCGAAGAAUGCGGAAUCGAGGUCUUUCAGAACAUCUUUCACAAGGGCCCCGAGAUCACCGACUCUUGCUGCGGCGUCCUGCUGAAGUUUGGUCACCCUUGUCACUCCGAGCUUAUCGAGAUCGUCCUCAGCACCGGUAAAUUCGCGACCCGCGAAGCGGAGAUCUUGCAAAAGAGCACGGCCGCAUGGAAGCGUUGUCGUUCGAUCGUUGAAGGACACUGAUAUAAUCUUUCGGCUAUGAUGGUUUGACUAUCUUACACAUUGUUAAUUUGUGGAGAUGGUGAUAGGGAGAGGACUUGUUAUCCCUUCUCUGUUGAAGGUGUAUUUUACAUGCUAAAUAAUAUACUUGUUUUUU